GAGGGUUUUCCGGCGUACAGCUUCGGCGCGGAUGCUAACGUGGGCCGGCUAGCGCGCUCCUUCCUCCCGGACCCGUUCUUCAGGGAUUUCUCCAUCACGGUGACGGCUAAAGCUACCUCUCGGCGCGGCGGCGUGCUGUUCGCCGUCACGGAUGCGCAGCAGCGGGUGGUGCAGCUGGGGGUGUCGCUGGCGCCGGCGGAGGACGGGUCGCAGCGGGUCAUCCUCUACUACACUGAAGCCGGAGCCGAGCGCACGCAGGAGGCGGCUGCGUUCAAGAUGGCGGAGCUGACGGGCCGCUGGGCCAGCUUCAGUCUGAGCGUGCAGCGCGGCGAGGUGCAGCUCUGGGCCGACUGCGAGCGCGUGCAGAGCGCCACCUUCAGCAGGAGUCUGGAGCCGCUCACCUUCCACAGCAGAGCCGGGAUAUUCAUCGGGAACGCCGGAGCAACACGCAUGCAGAGCUUCCAGGGCUUGAUCCAGCAGCUGCUUCUGACCUCUGACCCCUCGGCCCCUGAGCGGCAGUGUGAGGAGGACGACCCUUACCCAGUAGAUGUGGAGCUGAGUCCUGUGAGAGCGCCACCUACUGAAGAUCCAGAGCUGUACACUGAUGAUGAAGACCUGACGGAGGAGGAGGACGCUUCUGGAGACUCCACACUGAUGCACAGCUCCACAGAGAGGAUCAGGUCAGAAGGAGCUUCUCAGGACCGAAACGUCAUCACCAUGCAGAAAGGACAGAAAGGAGAGCGAGGGUCACCUGGACCUCCAGGACCUCCCGGACCUCCAGCUCCACACCACACAGAUGGAGAGCCGGGGCCGCGGGGCCCUCAGGGGCCGACUGGAGCUCCAGGAGCCCGCGGGGAGACGGGCGACGCAGGCAGAGACGGAGCUCCGGGAGAAGUCGGACCUCCAGGAUUCCCAGGCCUUGCUGGAGAUCCAGGACCCAAAGGGGAGAAGGUACGACAGGUGUUCUGCUGCUGGAAUAUCCGUGUAGACCAUGAUGGCCAUGACGGCUCUGGCUCCAGAUAUGUGGAUGCAGACAGUGACACUGAGCUCAUGCGGGUGAGUUGCUCUCCUCUCGGUGCUGCUGGAGUGAUCAGACACACACACUGCAGCCACUGCUGCUGUGUGUUUCAGGGGGACAGUGGAGCAGACGGACAGCCUGGAAAAGAUGGAGCACCAGGACAGAAGGGUGAAGCUGGGGUACCUGGAGUCAGUGGAGCACAGGGUGAACCCGGCCGGCCGGGGCCUCCAGGACCCCCGGGCCCCAGCGGAGCUCCCGGAAGACCCUUCAGCUUCGACAUGAUGGAUCUGGAGGGCUCUGGUGUGGAUGGAGGCAGUGUGUUCAGGCCUGUGCUGCCCAGAGGUCCACCUGGUCUGCCAGGUCUGCCAGGACCACAGGGUAAAGAAGGAGCCGCCGGCCCACCGGGGGUUUCAGUGAAGGGGGAGCCGGGAGCCAAAGGAGACCAUGGAGAAACGGGAGCCCCUGGCAUGCCUGGAGCACAGGGGGAGACGGGCCAGAAAGGUGACACGGGUCAGAAGGGUGAGAGAGGUCUGGAUGGGGUUUGUUUACCCGGACCUCCAGGGCCUCCCGGGCCUCCAGGACCCUUCAUCAGCCUGCAGGAGCUAAUGCUCAACGACACUGAAGGAGUCUUCAACAUCUCCAGCAUCUCGGAGCUUCAGGGAGCUGCGGGUCAGAAAGGAGAGCCGGCUCUGGUGUCUGGAGCUCUGGGGCCGCAGGGACCCUCAGGACUGAAGGGUGAUCGGGGUGCUCCGGGACCUGCUGGAGAACAGGGCCCCGCGGGACCAGCUGGAGAAAAGGGCGAGUUCGGGUUCCCCGGGCGUGCGAGGUUGUGUUCGUGACGCUGCCUCCUGCCGUCAGUCAUGUGUUGUAUUUAUUGAGCUUUAUUUAUGCAGCGCUCCUCCUGAAGAGUCUGCCGCUUCAUGCCUGAGCUCUGCUUUCACUCAGCAGUUUCUGACAUGAUAUGGAGAUCAUCAAACACAUCCUCAUGGAGAGAUCAGACCCCCGCACACACUUGUGUAGGGUUUUUACUGUAAGCGUUGUUUGUUUGUUGAAUAAAUCUGGUUUCCAUA